GCUUGUAUACAUGAUGCUAGACGCGCUGCAUGUACAGAGGGUCACACAGCUGAACACACCUAGAAAAAAAUCUUUAUUGGUUCAUUAUCUGACCAUUAUCAAACAAGAGCUCGUACCGUGCCGAGGUUUCAGUGCGUCAGUCGAGGCAGUCACGCAGAUGUUCAGACGGUGCAUGACUCUGUUGGGACAAACAUCAGGAGCAGAAAAACACACAAACACAACUAGUUGGGGUAUGAAAAUCCAACGCUAGUAUUCACCUUUUCCACUCAAGGUCUGCGCUGGAGCAGUGUGUAGCUGCGGACCGGUCAACAGAAAGUUCAACCUGAGUCCGAGACUGUGGACCAUGGCUUUCAAAUUGAGAAUCCCUCUUUUACAAAGGAGACACAAACAAAUCCAGAUUCAGCACAGUAGUAUGCAAGCUGUCUGACUCAGACUUGCUGUUCCAGCAGCUGAAAGGAUACUCAAAAAGAAUACUCAUGCUCUCUUGUGAUCCUCCAUCAUUCACUCAAACCAAUGGUUAAUUUUCUCCAAAAAUGCACAGAACACAGAGCCACCGGAGCAAAGAAAAAUGCCUAAAAAGAAGGAAGGCAUUCAAGUCUUCAGUCAAGGGAGUUUCUCACCUCUCCAGGCGAGCUAAGAGACGCUUGUAUUGCAAAUUGCAACUUUGGAUGUGGAGAAAGUGGAGGGAGAAAUGCAGAUUUAGGAUAGUAAGAGGAAAGAAACAAGCGAGCGGCAUGAGCUCAAAGUCCUGCCUCAAUUUAAAGACACAAUCACGGAAAAAUAAAAGGAAACUUCCAACGUACAAUACACCAAACCUACAACAUCCACAAGUCAGAACAUCUGCUCUUGUACCACCUCUGGGAUGCGAUACUGAAGAUUCAGCCCUUGAAAGACAGAAUUGCUCCCCGAAACCAUGUGAAUCUGUCGCUCUGUCAGAAACGCGUAUCGCCGCCAACACAGAUGUUGCAGCAGGUGGCAUCAGUCAAACCACACUAACAGCAGUGGUGCCGUCACAAAGAACAGAAACCUGUGUACAGUUUAGUGACACAGCAGAACUUUUUAACACUGUCAAACCCCUGCUGUGCACAGACAGUGAUGCACGCGGGGUAAUUACUAAUUUUAAGAAACCAAUAACAGUGAUAGCAGCCGAAAGGCUUGAGGUUAAUGGCCCAGCAGGACAACACUCUGCCAUCUCUCAGGACCAGGCUACAAACAGAGAUCCUGAUGAGAAAAUCCCCAGCAAAAAGACAGUGUCCCCUCUGACUGAUGCCAGCCUUAAAGCACUGACAAAGGAUAUCCAUGAAUUUCUCGAUGACUUCUACAGAAUAUACGGAAGUUUCAUCCCUCUACAGCAGAGUGACGUGUUGACACACCUGAAGAGGAAGUUUAACACUGAUUUCAAUGACAGGAAAAAUCUCGCCCUGUCCGAGGUGACAAAAUACCAAACUGCCAUGGUUCAGAAACCUAUCCCCUCCUUCCAAGUGGUCUACAACAAACACACUCUGACACUGGACGAUUUGUCGACACUGGCGGAUCAGAACUGGCUCAACGACCAGGUCAUCAACAUGUAUGGAGAAUUGAUAAUGCAAUCUGCCCAUCAUAAGGUCCAUUUUCUCAACAGCUUCUUCCACCGGCAGCUCAUGACCAAAGGAUACGAUGGCGUUAAAAGAUGGACAAAGCAGGUUGAUUUGUUUUCCAAGAGUCUGCUUUUAGUGCCCAUCCACCUGGAGGUCCACUGGUGUCUGGUGACUGCUGACAUGGUCAAAAAGAAGAUCUGCCUGUACGACUCUCAAGGGGUUUCACUCCAGAAAGUUGCAAGGAACAUCUUGAAAUACUUGAUGACAGAAGCAAAAGAGAAGCGGCAAACAGCAUUUGAAAAUGGUUGGGCGGUGUCGUUCGAUGAGAAAUUCCCACUACAGACUAAUGAAAAUGACUGUGGAGUUUUUGUCCUAGAGUAUUCCAGAUGUCUUGCCCUGGCACAACCUCUCCAGUUUUCACAGAAAGACAUACCAAAGAUUCGUAAGAGGAUCUACAAAGAGCUCUGUGAUUGUAAGCUCCACGAGCAGGGAUGAACAGGGUUGCAGUUACAUGUAAAGUAUUGCUGAUAAUAUGUGCUGCUGCUGAUUAGGGUGUGAAAUCAUCCUUCUACACUUGUCUGUUUAAGGCUCCAUUACUGUUCUGUAGCAGUCGUUCAGCACUGAGUGCAUAUGGACGAUCCCAGUCAGUGUUUUAGCAGGUGCACUGUUAAUGCUAAAUCCUAAUAUUAACAGGAUCACUGUAUUUAUAUUAUCUGUGCUUAAACAGGCAUGUUACUUAAGAGAAAAAUCUUACUGUUCAUGUUACAGUUUAACCCUCUCCUGAAGGAAGCGGUGCACCAACAGAGCCUUAUUGAAUGGACUGCUAAUCUUUCAUGAUUUAUUUCUGUGUUAAGGUGUAACUUAUUUUCUGUAACGAUAUUUGUACACCCUAUUUGCACAUUUUUGAAGUCUGAAGUGCAUUGUCGCCCUGUGUUCUCGUUUUAGUUUUAGCACCAGAUGACGUAAAAAAAGCUGUCUGUAUUUUGUUUGUGAAGUAAGUUAAGUUAUUGAACUGGAAUCAGAGCUUCAUAGAAGUAUGUAUAAAAAGGUUUAAAUAAAAGCAGACU